CGGGUCAUUUACCGGAUCAUCAGAAACCGGCCGCUGUUUUUGUCGUCUAUAAAUAAUCUGAAAAAAAUGCCGAAGCUUCAGCAAAAUCAAAAUCAAAAUCAAUCAGCUCUCUAGAAACAGGGAAAGCGAGACGCCGAGAAGAAAAGAAGGCGACGAUUCAUCAUUUCAAUUGCUUUUGCAGAUUGAUUAGAGCAAUUAGAGCCCUAAUUUGACGCCGGAGAUGAUGCUCGUGUCGGUACUAGCGGAGAUUCUGGAGGAGUACACGGUGUUGCUUACGGAGGUGCUCCGGCAGCUCUUCCAUUCCGCGCCAUUUCCUCGCCGAGUCCGAUUUCUCAUCCUUCACAAUCUUCCUUUCGCCAACAACUCCUCCUCCUCCUCCUCCUCCUCCUCCUCCUCCUCUGCCCUAAUUCACUCCAAUCGACCUAGCGGCGCAGUUGCUUAGGCGAUUUUUGUAAUUAUCUUCUCACACUUGUAUUGUAUGUUAAAUCAUAGCACGAUUUUCUUCACUUCUUCUUCUUCUUCUGGUUAGAUCUGUGCAUAUGCUUCGUUUAUCGAUCUCUGGAUUGUUCUUCGAACGUGAGAUUUUGCCGAUUUCGUUCUUUUU